UUCUGAUCCGUAUACUGGCGGAAGGCGGAACCAUUGUAUAUACAGUCUAUGGUCUACAGGCAAACGCAAAACUGGAGUUUUCCAAAAUCUUCAGAGUUUUCUAAAAACAGUUCAGUGGUUUCGUGUGGAUGGCUGGCCAAAACGUAUAUUCGUUUUAGCAAAGACCUGAGCCUGCCGUUUCAAGACAGCCUGGUUGCUGCUGCCGAGGUUCACAGGUAGGACUUGAAUGCAGAAAACUGAGUAUUUCUCUUUAUGUGUACUGUAACAUCAGAAAAAAAAAAUGCCAUACGAACAUGUAGACAACUGGAAAAACAUGAUUUUCAUCGGAGUGGGUGUUUUAAGCAGUUAGUGUGAAGAGAUGAGCUCAUGCCAAUAAAUUCUCAUUUUAACCCAGGAUUCUAACCAAUUGCUAGUCUUUUAGUUUGUAAGCUACCCAGACAUACUAAAUAUAAGCCCAUGAAUCCUGAUUUACACAAUAAUAUUGAAGCUGUGGCUUGUAUACUUUUGAGGUAACACUGUCUGCAGCUACCCAUGCAGAUCUGGAUGGCAGAUCAGUGCCAUUCACUUGAGUGGUAACCACUGAUGUUGAACAAAUAUCGUAGUUAAAAAAAACAUACAUCAUACAGCUUCAAUAUUAAUAUCAUAUCUGUGUGAACAUUUUGAUAAUUUGUUAAAGUAGUCAGUUACUAGUCACUUACUAAACUACUCAAGGCUAAUUAAAUAAAUACCUUGAGGACUGUUUUUAACAUUGGUGAGGGGCGCAGAGUAGUGUUGAGUGAUUAAAAAUAUAUGUCAGUGUAUAACAGGUAGGUUAUGUAUGUAUUAGAUAUUAAAUAAUGGUGUGCACCCUAAAAGUGCAAGUCAACCAGCCGCUUGACUUGUACUCUGCGCACAAAAUUACCUUACAUUGGCAGGUCAACCAGCUGUUUGACUUGCAAAUCUGCUUCCUGAUCGGGUAAUUUGCAGGGAAAUAAAGUACAUUUUGUUAAAGAAGCAGCAACACAGUUUUACUAAUAAACUUUUUCUUUUUUUUGCAAAUGCAUGUCUUCGUGUGGAAGUCAGAGUUAAACUGUGAUCUAAAUUCAUAUUGUGAAUUGAAUAUUUAAAUUCUCUGACAUUCCUAUGAUGGUCUCUCCCUUUUAUUGGUUUCCAUGAGUACCUACAGGAGAGGUUGUGGUGGAACCAAACAUGGAUACACCGAAUAAAUCUAUCACUUCUUAGCAUUUCAGAGAAUAUGCAAAUCACCAUUUUUACAGACGAGUGUCACUGACUUACUUUUGCACUGGUUCAAAAUGACCUGCAGGAGGUGGUAGAGAGCUGUGGAAAAGUCCUCAGUAUCAGUACCACUCUGUGAACCCAACUGUUAUGAUGCAUCAUGAGCACUUUAAUUAAGCCUUGUAAGUGCAUCUAUAAGGCUAUACAACAAUCCUGCAGCAAUGUUAAUAUCGGUCCUGUGGUGGUAAACCAGAAUUUUAUCAAGGCACGAGGAAACUUGUCAGCUGGUGUUUCAAAUUAAGAAUAAGAAAAACUUUAUCUAUCCCCAAAAGAAAAUUCAAUAAAAUCAUUUAUUCAAAUUAACUUUUUAAGGAAUGUGACGAUAAUAAUGAUGUGCUUUCUCUCCAUGUUAUUAUCUUUACAGGUUUGUGAUCGAAUAACCAUGGUAAGCCAGAGUUUGAUUGUCAAAAGCAUGACCAGAAACUGAAACAGUUUUUGUUCUGACGUCGCAUCACACAUGAGUUUGCUACUGCAAUAAGCAGAUGCUGGAGACAAAUGUCAAGACUGAAAACAAACUUCAAUACAACACAGUGGUGUGCUUCCCUUAACUUUUAUUUGUGCAGACUGGCAUUUAACUUUCAAUUUCUUUUUUUUUUAAAAGCCAAAGCAAUUGUAAACCUGAUAAAAAAAAUAAAAAUAAAAAACUGCAUCAUAUGGCUUGUUGGAAGUGAGCAGGUACUUUCCAAAAGCCUUACAGCCUCCCUGUAGACUCUGAUUUCAUUGUUCAGUGUAAGUACCAUGUUUAGAUUAAAGGUAAAACAAAUUUUUACAUUGUUUGAUUCUGCAUAGUUCACUACAUUCAUUAAAGGCACUGCAUGGUUAACACUUUCAAAAGAAACCUCUGAUCAAUACUUGUUGUUUGUAAUCCAGGAAAUCACUCUUACCUUACAGGACAGCUUUGAGUUAAAAACAAGCAUCUACAGUCAAAGUAGUCAAAUCAAAAGUGCAGACUAAAGUGUUCUGAGGCAGUGUUAAAGAUUCUGCUUUUUGUUUUUGUAAUGUCGGUGCAUAGAUGUGUUACUUAAACAUGAUCAAAUAUUCAGGAUAAGCUUGGGAAUCAUGGAAGACAACAAACAUGUUGGGUUUGGUCACAUUGUCCACCACACUGUCAUACUUCUCAACCGAAGAACCACUCUUAAGAGGUGGUGCAACCAUGUUUUGCUGGCCAAGGGUGUAUUCCCCAGUCAGCACUCGGCAGAGGUACAUGAACUUCUCCAUUUUCUGGUUUGGCUUAGAGUAGGUGUUGCUGGCAGAGUAAUUGGCAUUGACAGCGAAGUAUGUGCCGUUUCCAUAACAGGCAGCUGGAGAAAAUGAAGAGAAGCAGAAAGAUAUUCAGAUAAUCUCUGAGAGAACUUUGAACCUUCAUUUUUUCAGGAAAAAAUGGGAUUUGGAUCUUUUUAAUGUCUUUGGGAUUAUAGUAAAAAUUGAUAAAGUGUCAGAUUUAACAUCUUCUCACCGUUCUUUCCAGCAUAACUCCUGUUAAAACCGUGCUCAUUGAUGUGGUCCACAGUGUCUUCGCUGGUGCCGUGAAAGAGACGUUUCCCAUUAUUCUGGUGUUUGUUCCUCUGCUCCAUGUCAUGCUUCUUUAUCUGGAGACUCUUCCACAACACUGGAUUCUGGAUCCUCUGAAUCUAAGGAGAGAAAAAAAGCACUUUAAACCUGGAUGGUUGGAUGGUAAAUAACAAUAGUUGUAUGGCAACAAAAAGAUCUCAUUUCACUGAAGCCAGUGAUUGCCCUGCUGCCUUGAGUGUUAAUGAAUAUUUAAGAAAAAAUUUAAGUACCAUCAAAUGGGAAAAGAUCUUAAAAAUCUUAAAAAAUAAAGAACAAAUAGUAAAUAUAUUAUCGUCUUCACAGAGAGCAUCAGAAACAUGGCUUUAUGAGUUUUCCUUUGGUUUAAAUGGAUCACAUUCACUUCUCUCUUCUCCUUUCUUUAGUCCUGACAUUGGUUUCUGAGGGGUGUUUUCUGGUGAAAAAUGACUCAAGCUUCCACAGUAAGAGGACACGAUACUCAUCAGUUUGAGAGUUCAGCAGUUUAAGAGCAGGUUCGAGAGCCUGCCUCAGAAAGAAAAAAAAACCUGGAGAAGAUACUGUCCAUUACCUUUAUGACAGCGAGUUUGCAUGAAGCUUGAAACAAAGUCAGGAUUUCAUUGUGCUCUUGAGUCCCCGGCUGGAGGGUGACCGCUAGACAGGAUUUGUCGGCUGGCAUGGAGUCCCAGAAAUCAGGAAUGUCUUCAGCUAGAUAAAAGACAUAAAUUAUCAAGUAUCAAAUAUUUAUCACAAUGAUAAACAAUAUUUUAUUUUGUUUAAGUAUAUUUGUCUGCAGCUAUCUUAUAAUGUGUACCAACACAAGCAGUUCAAAGAUUACGCUUACAUUUCUCCAGCUUACUUGACACAAACUUGGGUUUUUGACCCACUUUAAAUUUUCCUCAAAGUAAAAAAAAAAAAAGUACCAUUUCAUAUUAUCAUUGAUUUCAAGCAGCACUCUGAGACAGGGUUAUGAAAGCUAACACAGUUAUCAGAGCACACAUGCGAGAUGAUAUACCUUUAAGUUUGUCGAUCCGUUUUAUCUGGAGGGUUUGUCCCUUGCUGUCAGUUGCAGGUCCACUUGGCAUUGUGACGGUGUAAUCCUGACCCUGAACCGUCACUUUUACACUUGGUUGAUUCUUUUUCAACGCUUGCUCCAGUUUGAAGUUGCUCAUCAGGUCUAAACUCUGGAACUGAAGCCCUGCCUGCUGGUACUGCCAGUCUGCUACUUCUCCUGCCAGUGCCACCUUGUUCUUUAGGUCCUCCUCCUCUCUGGUCUUCUUCAACAUCUCAUUGAUCAUUUUACUGGCUUUGUAAACAUUGCUGCUGAGCCCCUCUAUGGUGAUCGAUGCUUGGUUGUUCUUGCUUUGGAUCCUUAUACUCACCUUCUUGGUCUUCUGGAUGUCAGCAAUCUGUUGGCGAUCUGCAUCAGACAGAUUUAGGAUGCCUGUGUCUAAAAUGUCGUCAGUGAUGUACUCUUUGUCAAUCAGGUCGUUGAUCCACUUCUUGGCUGAGUUUACUUUGGCCUGUGAGUCACUGCAGAUGUGGAAGCAUGCAGGGUCCACUAGCAGAGGGUCAAUAACAAAAUCCCCUGCUUUCUGUGGAUUAUUAGUGCCACCGCCAAUGAGUGCUACAAGAAAAAAAACAUGUUUAUUGGCAAUGGGCUCUCUGAUUUUGAACAAGGAAGCUGGUGGAGUUACACAUUCUGCUUCAUACUCACAUGCAAGUUUGCUCGUGAAACUUUUAAAGGACCAUCCUUUGUCUUUAGGAGGUUCAGUUGCAGCUGGUCUUGCCUCUCUUUCUUGCAUACUGCUAAAAAAGUCUUUUAACAUAGGCGGCUGAAAGAUAACAAUCCGAAUUGUCUUCAGGGUGGUGGACGUGUUUUGGCUCAAGACAUCAAUCACUGCAUCCAACAUUGCAUCGGCAACCUGCUUUGGUUGGACAUUGCCUUGACCUGAAACAGGUAGAGCAUAAAUUACAUUGUAAAUUACAUUUACCAUAUUUCUUUUUCUCUCAGGUUGAAAUUAUGUCUUUCAAACAGCAUCUACCUAUUGUGAACGUAACAGACAACUUUACAAUUUAAAACUGGAUUUCUGAUAACAGCCGACAUGUACAUGUUUUUUUUUUUUUUUUUUAAUGGACACCACGGCAGUGACUAGCCUAGAGCAGGUCUAGAUUUCAGUAGUACCUACUAAAAUAUCAGAGCCACUAAAAUAUUGACAACCAUAAGUCUGCUUUUUGGCAGAUUUCAGAUUUUUAUUCGUGAACACAUACAGUGGCUUCCAGGACAAAAGUCAAAGCUAUACUCAAUAAAUGUGCACAGUUCUCUCUUUACUAUUAAAACUCACCUGUGCCAAUUGCAGGAAAUGAGAUGGAAGUAAACUGGUUUUGCUGGCAUAGCUGGAGUGCAUUGUUCACAGCCAUGUUGAUUUGAACUGGGUCGGUUUGUCCAAUGAUGUGAAGGAUCUUUUUGCACUUCAUGUUACCUGGCAGGGUCAAUAUCAUGCCUUGGUGGGGCUGGUUACCUAAAUGUAAAGACAGUGGAUCUGAACUUUGACCUUGGGUGUGCAUAUGAGUAUUGAAAUUACACAAAUCUGAACUUUGGCUUGAAUUGGUAUAUUUGGCUUAGAAUCAACUCUUGGGUGUAGGUGCCUCCUUACUUAGAGUCUUGCAUUCUGUCUCAACAGUCAGACCCGCUGCUUCCAGGAUAGCCUUUGACACCCCUGUGAAAAAAAAUAUACAGAAGUGAAGUAAUUAUUAUGAAUAAGUAAAUAAUUACAGAGUGGAGUUCAAGUGGGAUUCCAACAGUAUAUCAGGUACUAUCCAUUACACAUUAGAGCUGAAGACAUCAGAAACCCUCUGGAUAUUUACCUGUCUUCAGAGAGAAAUCAUUGUUACUGGAGUUGACGAUGACUUCACUGGACUCCUUGGUUAUGUCUCCUGUAACAACUUGUACUGCCACAUUUCCCAUUUUGGUCUCAUGUAUUCCUGAACCCGAGACAACUUUGGAGAAAGGGCCUGGAGACAAAUGACAUAAAGACUUUAAAGCACGGUUUUUAAUCUUUGAAACCAUAAUGAUGUUAAACUUCGACCACUGUGUGCACCUGCUCUUUGUGCGGCACUUGAUGACCCAUCACCACCCGUCGCAUUAGGGAACUGCUUCUUGAAUUCAUCAGUAAAAGCCUACAGACAGAUUUACAGAAAUAUCUGAUAUAAAACGCUCAAAUAUUACAGACAAGCAAAAGAAACACAUACUUUACUUACUCCUACUGUCAACAUAGUAUUUAAUGAUCCCUAGAUUCCAGGACUGUCAGUGUUCAACCAAAGCUAACUUUCCCACCAGUAAUCACAAGUGACACCAUAGAAUCUUGAUUGUAACGCAAAGCGACUUUUGCUGUUUAAUUUCUUGUCUUACCUGAAUAGUCUGACUGUCUCCUGGGUAAAGGAUGAUCACGACUUUCUUCAGAUGCUUAGGUUUUUUCUUGCUACUGAACUCUGAGAUUUCUUUCAACAGCGACGAGGCUACAUGGUCUUUUGAGAAGCCCAGGUUUCCAGUGCCAAUAGCUGAGAGGGAUAUGGAGGUGUGACCAUUGUUUUCUGCUUUUCCCAGGCAUUCAGUGAAAAUCCCUUUCAAGAUCUGGAAGGCAAGGAAUAAAUGUUUUGAAUCUUUGAAGGUAAAGUACUCAAUGUUUGCACUGCUUCUGCAUCCGAGCACAAGCCUCUGCAUCGAUCCCAGUUUAUAAAUUACACAUUUUCAGAUCAUGUAAGGCUUUACCUUGUCAGAUGAGCCUUGGCCAUUGUUCCAGUGAGGUGCAACUGCAUGAAAAACUUCUUUGCACUUUAGGUUGCAGCCUUCUGUAGCGAUGACAUCACCGAUAUUUGCAUUCUGAUUAUUUGCCCUAACCAACUGCUGAAGGUUUUGUCCAGCCGCACGGAAGAUUGCAUUUGAAACUGCCCCGGUGGCUAGAUUAAGAUCUUUGGACGCAGUGUUGACGAUUACGUCCGUCUGAAAAUGAGAACACAAAAAAGUUGUACCAAUGCCCAGCUGGAAUGAAAACAAUUAAGCCUCAUGGGACCAUUAUGAAUUGGAUUAAUCUGUAAGGAUAUCUAAUCAUAUAUUCUCUGCAAUUAGUGAAUAAUAAUUACCGUGGAGUUCUCAAUGUUUCCUUUCAAAACAGAUAUGUCCACACCUUCUUUGGUCUGUACUUGGAAAAGGUGAUUCGAAUCGAAAUGAGCAGGUUUCACAGGUACGGGUGGUUUGGUAGAGGUUGUUUGCUGAGACUGACUGACACCAUUGCUUCCAAACACCUGUUUGGCAGCUGACUCCAUCAGCUGAACAGGAUGAUCAUCAUUGUUGACAAAGUGGAUCCUCUUCAGGGUAAUACCAUCGUAUUUUUCAUCACAGUACUCCUUCACUGCUGUGACAAUCAUUUCUGCACACAAGUUGGGAGGAAAGCCUUGGUUUCUACUUACGGUAGGGAUAGCCACAGAGACGCACCUGUACUUUUCUGCUAGCUCUAAACUCCCUUUGAUGGCUUUUCUCAACUGUGCCCGAGCCUUCGAUGGAUUCGCUGAGUCAAAUGUGGGUCCCACUGCGUGGAUGAUUUUUUUACAGGACAGCUGCCCCCCUGCGUUUGUGAUGACACUGUCUCCUGGUUUGAGCUGCCCAUUUGAUUGAAUCAGUUUGUCACAUUCCACCUGCAACUGAGGACCAGCAGCCUUCAGGAGAGCUGCAGAAAGACCUCCAUCAAGCUUCAAACUCUGGUUAGAAGAACUGACUACUGCAUCCACUGGGUAUCUGCACAUGUCUCCCUUGCAAACAGCUAUUUCAACUCCAUCAGCUGUCUGCAGGAGAUAAACAGGGGUGGGAAAUUGACUGAGGUCAUCCUGUUCAUCACUUGUCCCAUCAGCCAGCUGGGCCAGGCAGCCAGUGUGAGAGAAGAUGACAGACAUAUACAUGGCUUCUUUGUCCUGGAAGAAGGACUUCGCUCCAGAUUUGGAGACUUUGAAUAGCUCAUAGACCAAAGAGGACACAUGCUUGUUGACCAAGGUCUUGCAUUCAGUGACAUGGAUUCUACACCCACUCAAACAGAUGCCCCCCUUCUUGUAUUGAACCCUCACUUUGUCACCCACUUUGCCCAACCAGGAUGGAUCAGCUUUUUCAAUAUAGUCAACUAUGGCAUUGUGCUUGAUGGGAACGGUUUCUUCAACUUCAGCAUACUGCGUCAAGAAGUCUUUUAGUUCUGUCCCAACUCUUUCCACUCUGUCUUUGUACCCAGACACUAUAAUUUCCUUAUCAGUGGUGUGUACUCGAACCGUCCUCAGUGGCUUGUUGUUGGCAUUCUCCAAUCUGCUCACCAAGUCCUUCCAACCUGGCGUCUUCAGGACAUUACUGUCUUCGGCUUUUAUGUUUAGAGAUACCAGCAGCUUUUUCAGAUGACCUUCAGCCUCAGUUAAACCUCUGUCAGUAACGGCUAGCAGCUGAACCUGGUUUGCAGUAAUCUCAAAUGCCGCGUUUAUUUUUUUGGAUGUGAGGAGGGUGUCCGUAAGUUUCUCAGGUUCUUCCUGCUUUAAGAAGUCAAGAACAGGCUGAUCUAUUUGCAAAUUUUGUCGUUUUAAUGCAACUGAUGCUUCACACACGACUUUGCUUGCUGUUAAAAUCUCAUCAUUUAAGCCACUUACUACUAAUUCUCCACUCUCUUUUCUGAAUGUCAUUUUCAAUUCUGGGUACACAGAAAGCAGUUUGUCCUCAAGACCAUCUUGACACAGGAUGUGGUAAAUCGAUGGGGCCACUCUGAUCUUCUGGGUUACACUAAAUCUCUCUCUCUGUACCCUUUUGAAAAUCACGUUGAUGACUUCUCUAAGAGUUUGCUCAAGUCUGUUGAUGUCAGUCAUAAGGCCAACCACUGAUAUGACCCCACUGGCUUUAUCAGACACCACAGUGACAUCCUCCUCCCGCAGUGUCGCUCUGAUCUUCCCCUCGGACUCUUCCCAUUUUGUUGGUUCUGGCCGAAGUUUCAGAAAUUUGAAGUGUGACAAAGCUUGUGCUAAAGCUGACUUCACGGUUUCCUUCCACUUUGUGAGUUUGUCUUUGGCAUCCUUUUCUUGUAGCAGCGAAGGAACAGGGCUCAAGAAUACAGCCGAUCGGCGGAGAAUGACACUGCAAAAGUGUUCAGCUAAGCACUUUUGAAUAGUCUCUACUGCUGGCUGAUGGUCACUCAGGUAUCUCCAGAGAGCUUCAUCAAUGGGUUCAGUGACAGCUGGAGGGAGUUUGAGUGAAGGCGAGUCUUUGCCAUAGAGGGCUAUUCCUAGUGACUCGUAGAAAGGAUAAACUCUGAUCUCUUCCUGUCCGAUGUGAUGCUCUUUCUUUAAGAUUUUUUCAAUGACUAUGAUUAAAGAAAUCACAUGUUAAAAACAGAAAUGGCAGCUUUAAUUCAAAUCUAGUACAAUGUUUAUUUAAUAUCCACAUAGGUAUAUUUAACAAGUAUCAUAGAUGCUUUACCUUUCGGAUCACUGAAUGUAAUGAUGGCAGACUGCUCCACUUCUUUAAGCUCAACAUUUUCAACUUCUCCACCUUGAUUCUCAAAAUGAAGACGCAGGAAAUCUUCACUGAUAUUUUUCACGUCAUCAACCAAGACUUUUUUUGUGGCUUCAAGAGGCCGAGCUGUAUAUCCCUUCUUUAUGAAGUUUCUGUUUUGAGGACAUCUCAUCACAAAAUCAUUAUUUACUGUGAAAGAGAGAGAAACGGUAAAUUAUUGAGUCAGAUUUGAAAGGAAUAAACAACUUUCAGAGUCCUUUCGUCAAAACAAAGUAAGAGACAGUCAGUAUUUUCGAAAAUCUGCACCUUUUCCACUCUGGAAGGUCACCAAAGCACAGGAGAGGCUGGGAAUAAUCUCCAAAGUGUAACUCUCCGAGUUGACUUGAAACUCUGAGUCCUUCAAAACAUUUUCCACCAGCAUCUCCAAAUACUCCUGCUGUAUAGACUCUGGUAACUUCUCUAUAACAGCCACAGUGGAGCAGACCUCGUCUUCCACAUCUUCUUCGGCCUCAUCAUCUCCACUUUUGACCUCAAUCUGAACUCUGGCUGCCGGCUCAGGUUGUUCAUUUUCAGCAGCAUCUGUUGUUGAUAAGACAUGAAUGUUAAGAGGCUGAAGAGACAUUUCAGAAAAAAGUGAGACCAGCUCAGCAGCCCUGCUCUGCAAAUAUCAACAUCAGUAUAAAACAUUGAAAAACCUACGUUGGUCAACUGCUACACAAAGGUGUGGUCUGAUGUAUCAGGGCACAUGUUAAUAUCAGGUGAACACAAGAUUUAACACUAAAUUAUAACAAACUCUGAAUAAAACCUUAUUUUGAAAGAGAGUUUCAAAGAACUGUCCACAGACUCAUAGAAAAUGACUUGUACUUCCUCUGUCUGGUCAGAUUCCUUACACACCCGUGUCUUAUAUAACACACGCAGAACUGGAUAUAGAGCAUACCUGCACUAAUCUGAUAAUAAAAUCAUACUCUGCCCUCAAAAAUAGUGUUAAGCUAUCAACAUUUAUCAGAACACAGGGCUAUUGCAUGUCCUUUUGCCCCUUUUUAUGACAAGGUGUGAGCAACACAGAUGUAGUUGCCAUUCCAGAUAUAACCACUGUGACUAAAAACAAGCUUGAAACUGUUAAACUGGUACAACUUAGUUUCAUGUUAUUGGUGUUUACAUGAUAGAUACAGAUACUGCGCUGGGAAAAGCAGAGACAGAGCAAAAUGAGGAAAGAAAAGAGGGCAAUGAACCAAUGUGCUGGGAGAAUGGAAAAGUGAAAGUAACUUGUGCUUAUGACAAGUAUUUCUGGGGGAACUCCAGGGUUUAAAAAAGCUGUUAGCCUGAACAUGUGAUCAAGAAAACAUACUCAACCCUUCAUGUAGGUGGAGCAGAAUAUCAUAUUCCUUUGAGCUACAGCUUGGACUAUGAGUGAAGUAAGCAAGAAACUAGAACGUACAGUUGUUUUUUAACUGUUAAUUGACUGAAAACCUGAAGAUAUUGACACUGAACAUUGAUUUAAAUACAACUGUAUUGAUUCAAGAUUAUGAAUGUAACAUAUUAAAAAUAGUUAUUCUAGAUACAUGGUGGGUAGUGCUACCAUGGCUACAGAUACUCAUCAUUCUCCUAAACAUUUCACUUAAAGCUCCUGAGAUGACUUUCUUGUCUUUUGUGAAAUAGACUCAAAUUGAUAACACUGCCUUUUUAUGAUACACAGACACAGAAAAACAGGUUAAGCAGCAACAAGGUUAAGGAUUUUUUUCUAGCCAUUUUAGAGCCUGAGGCUGGUGCAAGAGGGUAGGUGUCAGUGAAGCUGUCAAAGAAAACCCUUUUUUUUACAUUUUCAACAAUAAAUCAUCACAAAAAUGAUAAGUAUGACUGUCUUGAAUUGGCAACUUGAAAUCUUUUCUGUCUGGAGACACUACUUCAGCAUGUAGGAGACAAGAUAAGCAAUGACUGCUUUGUCCACUGGAGGGCACCAAAGCUGACACAAACUGAAGGAGGAGCUUUCACAGGAGCUUUAAUUGUCAAUUCCACUGAAGUUUAAUUCAAAAACCUACAUUAAUACACUUGAAAUUCAAUGUAAAUUUACCUUUAAUAAAUGAUAAUAGUCACUUUAUAGACAGGGAUAUAAUAUCUGUGACACUAAAAUUACUAUUCUUGAAGCGGAUAGUGAAGACAGACAGGUAUGCACACAUACCCUGGCCAUCCCUACCUCAGUUACAAACAUGAUUUGAAUUUCACAGCACAGUCUUGUUAAAGGGGUAGAGGUGAUGUCAUUGAGCAAUCGUAUGUUUAUGUGUUUGAUUUCCUGUAAUUCUGCAAUACCACAAUACAACACUAUCCAGAGAAAAAAAAGGAUUUUAGGUCAUGUUGCCCACCCCUAAAAGUAGACAGAAGUUCACAUACUUCAUGCCACCCCUGCAUAAAUCUGUGCCUCAUUGCCCGGGCCACCUCAGACAUGAAAGUCUGGAUCUGCCCCUGUCUCCAGUACACAAAACUACAAGAAAAAGUGUGCUCUUUUAGGUCUGUGUGGUGACACACUAGCAGUGACUUGUGGCUUGUUAAUGAAUGCCAACUUAUCUCCACAUUUUCCUGUAAAUAGCAGAAUAUAUUUGUUUUGGUUUGCGCUUACCUUUGUCUUUAACCUGAUCUGGUGGAACUUCCUGCAGAAAAUGGGGAGAAAAGUGCAUUCUUGUCACUUUUUAAUAACUUUUAUGACAUUUUAUGUAACAAGUUUCUUAUGGCACAACGCCCUUAAAAUCAGCUGGUUUGGAACGGUUCCCAGUCAGCCAAAUUAUAUGUGUCUGAGAUCUGAAACCCCCUUAAUAUGUAAAGGGGACUGGUGUAUUUUUAUCCACUGACUUGCUUUGUUGUUUGGUCUGGAGGUAGGCGAACAGUCAUCCUCAACACGCCUUUAUCCAAACGGAUCUCAUGAACCUCUUUCGCCAGAACAUUUUGCUGGUCUAAAAAAAAAAAUGAAAACCCACCAAAAAGUUAGUCAACUUCUUAAACAGCAAAGUUAUACUCGAAUAAUCGACUUAGAGGACACCCGAACUUACCCUUCUGAUUCCGGAAACGCAACACCGCGGUCUCGCUGCCAUUCUCGUAGUCGACUUCACAGUCGCCACCGUUGGAUUUCUUACUCUGAAAAUACUUUACUAGUUUGAUUUUCAGCCUCGGUACUUUGUUUUCUCCAAUAUCGACGAUCACCGGGUACGAAUAUGCGUCAGCCAUCGUCGCCGGUCAGACCCGGUCUGCUGUGUCCCGCUUUACUUUCACUUUUGAUUUCCAGAAAAUGAGAUAGUUCCUGUUAAAGCUGUUAUUGUUACGGGUCACUUCUUGUGGGUUUUGAUAAAGAAAUAAAUAAUGCGUAUUAACCUUCAGCAGUAUCUAUCAGUUUUAGAGUGUUGCUGCUUGUUUUUCAUGAAUAAAGGUCAUUUUUAUGGUGGUGGUCACGCAUUAUCUAUUUUUUUUAAAUCAAUUUUCACCAGAGGGGCUCCAUAAUUUCCUUAUACCUUGAUAAAAUUCUGGUUUACCACCAAAAGACCGAUAUUAGCAUUGCCACAUUGUUGUAAAGCCUCAUAGAUGCAUUUAUAAGGCUUUAUUAAAGUGCUUAUGAUUUAUAAAAAGUUGGGUUCACAAAGUGGUACUGUUUAAAAACUAGGUAAAGAAAUUGUAGUCUUGACAUCCACCUAUAGUUGAAUAAGGACCUUAACUCAGAUAAACUUCAACUUAACUUUAAACUUCAAAUAAACCACAUAUGAGGAAAUGAGAAAUGUUAGACCUGGGAAAAAGGUGAGAUGGCAGCCACCAGAUGGUGCCAGAAAAGCCAUAAUGUGAGUAUGUGUCUACAUGUGUGAGCAACAGUGUUUAUACCAGAGAAAAUCUAGAAUGUGUGUUGGAGGUGGUUGGAAAAGAAAUGAAAAAAGUAGACACUGGUUUGAUGUAAAUAAAUUAUUUUUAAAUAUUGAAAAAAACAAACUUAAUGCUAUUCGGUAACAAAGGCAAAAACAUUGAUACAUUGGUGAAUAUUGAAGGUAUUGAAAUUGAUAGAGUAAAUGAAAUAAAACUUUAAGGUUUUAUUAUUGAUGAUAAAUUGACCUGGAAAUCGCAUAUUCAUGGAAUAAAAGCGAAAAUAGCAAAAACGAUUGCCAAUUGUUAAACAAAGUAAAGGACUACUUUGAUAAUAAAGCUUUGUAAUUCUUGUAUAAUUUGAUUAUUGUUCCAUAUCUGACCUACUGUAUUCAAGUGUGGGGAAGUGCAUGCAAAACUUCCAUGCAGCCAUUUUUCAUUUUACAAAAAAGAGCAAUACGAAUUAUCAGUCGAAGUCAAUACAGAGAUCCUUCAAACCUAUUAUUUGUUAAAUUGCAGUUGUUGAAAUCCAUUGAAUAAGAUUUCAGCUUGUAGCAGAUUAUGUAAAAAGCUCAUAGGAAAGUUUUACCAGUCAACAUCCAGAGCCGAUCUGAAAAAAGAAAAAGUUGUAAUAAUUUUAAAGCAUUUGAAAUAUUUAAAAAGCCAAGAUUCAGAUCUAAACUGAAAGAUCGCUGUGUUACAGUGAGAGGAAUACGUUAGCGGAACAAUCUGAACGAAGAAACUGAAGAAGCUCUAUCAUGUUUAUCUUCAAAAAAAGAGUGUCAAAGCCAGUAUGUUGAGUAAAUACAGGGAAUAUGUUCAUCUAAGUCUUGGUAUGUUUGUUUUAUGAAAAAAUGUGAAUUAAUGUGGUCUUUUCUGUUUGUUUUGUGGGUUGUUUUUGAAAAUAAGAAAUAUUGAACUGUAAAAAGGCAUGUUGGCCUGCAGCUCUUGUUUAUUUUUAUCAUGUGUUCAGUUGAUUAAUAUAUUAUGAAUAUUCAUUCAUGUUUGAGAUUUUUUCUUGUUUGUAUUGAGUGUUUUAUAUAUUAACUGAAUGAAAUAAGGUGUGAAAAUGUGUUAGUUUAUUAGGUAAGGUGAAUUCCCUGCUGACUACUGACACUAAGAUGGAUGUGUGUGAAUGCAGUCCUGCAAAAACUUCACAUACUGCAAGUCUCAAAUGAGUAAAUGUGUGACAAUUUGCCUCUCUGAGCUUGUUAGUACUGGGCUUUCAAUCUCACUGUCACAGACUCUUGUCAUGCAGGGAACCUUUUCUCAGCUGUGUGGCUCCACCUGCAGGUCCUUCUACAUCAGUGCGGUUAUAUUCUCCCUGACUCUUAUCUCUAGUUGCGAGGCUAUAAAACCUGAGAUCAUAAACGUUGUAGACAACAGGGAAUACGUUUAAUCGCUGCUGCUCUGUCAGCGAUCUCACAAUGAUUUCAGGACAUUUGUAAAAUGUGGUGUUAGUCAUCUGACAAUCCACAACGGAAAAUCAAUGUGAAUGAAAUUGUGGUUUAGGGAGAAAUAUGCAAGAGUGAAAAUACAUCAAUAAAAGCCACGUCAAAUAAACAAACAGAAGUAGUUCCCUUUACUUUGGAGGUUGCUUCUUGGGCGUUUUUAGGGUUGAAUUCAUCUCCCCUCCCACUGGCUCAGGUAUGCGUACCUGCCUUUUGGAAGUUUCAACACGGAAGUUUUUGGGACUGUCAAGACUCAGCCCAACGCGACACCUACGCCGUGAGCUGCAAACAGGCUCUCUUACGUUAGUUUCUGUACGAACUGCUACCAAAGUUACUUAAACUGAUAGGUAAGAGAGGAAGAACCCCUUGGACUUAAGGGAACCAGGUCUCCGGCCGCAUGGCGUCCGCCGGACCGAUGACACCCAAUGGCCCGGCGGAGGGAGCGGGGCUCAGGGAAAGCCUGUCGAUCCACGGCAGCAUGGAGAAGCUGAAUUCCUCUGCUGUCAACCGCAUCCUGAUGGAGUUCCUCAUGUACUUUAUCAGAUCCGUGUUAGUCUUCUACCCCGUGUACCUGACAGGGUACCUGGGCCUCAGUAUCAGCUGGGUCCUGCUUUGCAUGAUGAUGUUAACCUGGUAUAGGAAAAACCGCCAGUGGAAAGACGCCAGGAUCGGAACCGCCAUCACUUUUGUGGAUAAUGAAACAGAAGUGGUGAGCAAGGAGCUGGAAAACGCCCUACAAAUGGCAUCAUGGGUGAGUAUUUAACAAAUGUUUGAGGCAAAAACAUCCUGCUUGUUCCAGGUUUGUUGAACACAGGUAAGAUUAUGAAGUGCCUUGCUCAAGGGGAGUUCAAACCAGCAAACCCAUGAAGUCCAAUUUUACAUUAUUGACCUCUUCCUGUGUGUUUUGGACAUCUUUUCUGGUCAAACAAAGUGGCCUUGUUACCAUUUUCAUCCUGAAAUCACACAAACACACAUUGGGUGUGUCAAACUCUGUUGCCUUGACUACAAUAUUUGCAUGUCAUGAACUGAAAUGGGCUCACCCAGCCAAAUGUGCUGUUAUUUAGCUGCUUUCUGUGUCUCCACGUUUGGUUACACCACACCCUCUCCUGUAGUGUGACUCAUGGAAACCAAGAGAAGGGAGAGACAAUAAGAGGGGUUCCCUGUGUGUCAGAGGAAUGUAAUACGCACAGUAAAUAUGAAUUUAGCUGACAUUUUAAUGGUGGGAGCAGCUUAUCUUGAUGCUUGCAAUCUGAGUGUGCAUGUGACUCAGAGAAAGAGCCCAGAUUUAUGAGAAAGGUUUCUAGUUAAAAGUCUGAAUUUAGGCUAUCAGACUUUACAACUCUUCUGUAAAUAGUAGAUGACUUUUAGAGACAUGACAAAUGAGAUGACAGGCAAUUGAAUUUCCUUUUCGGUGAUUAAUGAAGUUCUUAUUCUUACAUUCAUGUGAGUAAUAAUAAUGUUAAAAAAGAUUAUUUUAAGAUAUUGUGUGCCAAAAGUAAGACCCGAACUGCACAUUAUGAGUAAAAAUAUUGCCAAUGGAAUAAGGAAAAAUAACUUUAAUUUUUUCUUAUUUCAAUAAACUUUGAUGCUGGGAUAGGCUCCAGUCUCCCUGCGAACACCAACGGGAAAAAACGGAAGAAAAUGGAUGUAUGGAUGAUAGCAAUUGUGCUUCCAUCACCACCACGUGUUAGAGGCAGAUUUUUGGGGCUUGUUUCUAAUUUCAGUUUCACUUUUUUUUUCCUUCAAAGAUCCACUUUCCUGAUGUUGAAAAAGUUGGCUGGGUGAACAAGGUACAGUAUCAAGAUCAAUUCUUCCUCUUUCUUCUUACUGAUGUUAUGAAAUAUACUGGUAUACUAUACUAUAUUCCAUAUACAGAUAGUUUGAUAUCAUUGUAGAUAUCAAAAAUGUCUCUCUGACUAGUCGUAAUUACUAUUUUGGAUAUCUGCACGUGUCAUUCAAGAUAUCUGCAACGUUACUGUGACUAGUCAAAAUGACAGGUAGAGAUAUCUGUAGUUCAGUUUUAAUCAGGCUAGAAAACCCACACCUUUCAACACAUUUUCUUUGUUUUGCAUCUGCAGACUCAAAAAAACAUGUAACACAUGGAGGCUUGAACCGUUCACUCUGUUCACAGUUCAAGUGAAAUCGUGUUUACUCAUGGAUCGAGGUGUGGACUCCAAGUGUUGAUGUGUUCUGCUUUGCUUUGUGUGUUCAGGUGUUGGAGCAGGCCUGGCCUUUCUUUGGGAUGUACAUGGAGAAACUCCUUAAAGAAAACAUCCAGCCGGCUGUCAGGCAGUCGAGUCCCGCGCUCAAAAUGUUCACUUUCACCAAGAUCCACUUUGGACACAUCGUAAGUUAAAACUUCCCCUUUUUGUUACUUUCGUUUGUCUUUGUCACACCAGCCUUUUAAAUCCUCCGGCAUAUGAGUGCAUGUAGCCACAAGGUUAAGAACUUAGGGAAGAGGGAAAAUGACCCAUAAUUAUCUGUGCAAACCAAUUUAAUGUCACGCCCUUUUAAACAAGUAUGUCAACAAACGAUCAGUACAGUAUCAACUGACAUGAAGCUGGAUCACUGGAUUAAAUUAACAUGUUUUGUGGGUGAGCUGAGCAACCCAAUAAACCCGACAAACAGAACCAGUAGUGACUAAUAAUACUCAAGAUAAAACAGGAUAUAACAGCCUGUUAAAAGUUUGUGGGAUUAAAAGUAAUUCAUGCAACAAAACAAGAGAUUAUUCCGUGAUGUAAAAGCAGUGAAUUAAGGGGUUAAAAGUCAUUCAUGCACUUGCGAGUGGUUCACAUUCAGAGAUAAAACACCUCACAGGUGUUUUCUCAGCAGUCGCUCUGCCUCAUUACCUGUAAACACCUGUUGAUGUCACUUACGACCGACUUUUCAGCGUUUAUUUGUCUGCAUGAAUUAAAACGGUAAGAGUCCAUCUUCGGUAAAUUGCUGUUUUUACGAGCAAACGCUGCGGUCCUCCUUCUCUACCUCCUGAUAUACGAGCCUUGUGAUGUUUACAGUCUCCAGGGUCAAGGAAAAGAGGAUAGGCAAGGUCUUUUUGGGAUAUAUCCAGGGUUUUGAUUUGCUCUGUGUAGGAUGAUGCAGCCACUCCUUUGACCUAAGAGUGAUUUUUUUUAAUCCCUGAUAUCAGCCUCUCAAGAUCACUGGAAUGAAAGCGUACACACAUGAAGUGGAUCGGAGGGAGGUGAUCCUGGACAUGAACAUAUGGUCAGCUUGAUUCUUUUCUCAUGUUUGUGCAUAUUGUUGUUAAAUUGGUUCGGUUGCCUUUAAUUCGAGAUCAAUAUAAACUCUACAUAGAGGGAGUGUUUGCAGUUCCCUGAAGUACUUUACUUCUGUUCACUCUGCAGUUAUGAGGGGGAUGUGGACAUCGACGCAGAGGUGCAGCCGCCCAUCACAGCUGGCGUAAAAGGAUUGAAAGUAAACACUUUAUGUUUGUUUUUGUUUUUUUAACUCAUCACUAUCAGAUGUAUUAACUUGCUUUGCUAAAAUGUUCCUUUGCUUUGUAGCUUCAGGGGAUGAUGAGAGUCAUUUUAGAGCCGCUGAUUGGUCAAGCACCCCUGGUGGGAGGUGUCACCUAUUUUUUCAUUCGACGACCUGUGAGUGCCCGCAGACAUUUUUCAUAGAUGUCUUUAUUUAAGCUGCAAGAAGUUCAAAUGUGUGAUGCGUAUUAUUAUUCCAGACUUUAGAGAUCAACUGGACUGGGAUGACGAACCUUCUGGACACCCCUGCUUUCAGGUUAGUGGCCUAACAGUCAGGACAGCGUCUUUGGUUUUAAAACUGUCCUGUAAAGAGAGGUGGUCGUAGCUGCUUCAUGAAAGAAGAUGAAACAAGAAGAAAGUCCCUGACCCCCACAAAAACUCAUGUUUCAACUCAGUGGUCAGUGGUAGCCCGACUAUCACUGGCUGAAGAGCAUUAAGUGGAAAUGUUUAGAUUAUGAAACUUCUGAGACAUGUCUUUUGUCUUAAGGCUCUCUUUAACUCUUUCUUCUCCAGUUCAUUGUCAGAGGAGACCAUCAUGGACAUCAUCGCCUCACUCAUGGUGUUACCCAACCGCAUGUGCAUCCCCCUUAUAGACCAGGUCAAAGUGGACCAGAUGAGGUUCCCACUGCCCCGAGUAUGAAAAUUUUCUCUAUAUUUUGUGCAUCAAUCAACAUCUUAUGGUCGGCAGCGUUCAGGAUUUUUAAUGUCUGAUUCAUAUAAUCGGUUUUUAAUUUUUCUUCCAUGUGAUUUCUGCUCCUCAGGGUGUGGUGAGAGUCCACCUGUUAGGCGCCAGAGACCUGGUGGCUAAGGACACCUACAUGAUGGGUUUGGUGAAGGGCAAAUCUGACCCCUAUGCAACCCUGCGAGUCGGCAAUCGUCACUUUCAAAGCAAGACGGUCAAAGAGAAUUUGCACCCGACGUGGAACGAAGUGUAUGAGGUAAAACCCAAAGUUCUUAAAAAUGUGUGCCUGUUUAAAUGAUUAAUUAUAAGAGAAAAUUGACGAUUGGCAAACAUUAGUGAAAAUCCUCUUUGCAGCUGAGGAUGCUGAAUUUAUGAUUCCCAAAAAGAAUGUCUAAGGACGGUUUUCCUCUUCGUCUCGGUUCACAGACUUUGGUUUUGGGAGCAGUAUUGAGCCUGUGCAGUGACUUCUACUCUAGAGCCAUGUUUGCUUUUAAUGAUGCACCAAUAUUGAUGGCCUGGGGAUCACGGCCAUCCAUUAUGGGUUGUAAGCCUUGUCCCUUUGUACAGAGAUUUUUUAGAUGAUGAAAUCCUCAAAUUCUUUGCAGUUUUACACUGAGGGACAUUACUCUGGAAUUGUUGAAAUGUUUACUCUCGCAGUCUCUCACAUGCUGAGACUCAGCCUCUCUUUUGUGGCCUUUUCACCCUCAUGUGACCAACCUGUUUCAGGAUAAUGUACUGUUAUUAGUUGGGAGGGUUUUUCUAGAAUUGCACAGCUUCUGCACUGUUUUGUUGUUCCUGUCCCAACUUUCAUGAACACUGUUGCAGGAAAAUAUAUAAUGAACAUGUAUUUUUUUUACAAAUGGUUACAACUGAAUAUAAGGGGCCACAUAAAAGAAGAACAUUUGUUUAAGAUAUAGAUUUUUUUAAAUUCAUUUAUUCAUAAGUCAUAAUAUAUUGAGAAUAAAGUCAUCAUGUUAUGAGGACAAAGCCAGGACUCUAAACAGAUUGUGUAAAAAGUUGUGUGGUGGAAUACCCCUUUAAAACAGUAUUAUUCUGCUUAUAGUUGAUUAAAUCCAGGACUUUGUGCUUAUGAGAAAAGUACUGAAAACUACAUUUCUUUUUUUUUUAAAUGACCCAGAAAAUAUCUGAAAAUUUCUCAGAAACUGUCAUUAUUUUGUCAAUUUAGUUUGUCAUUAUUCGGUCAAUAUUCUGUUGUUUUUAUAAAAAAUUGAAUCAAGUCAAGGAUUUAAAACGAUUUGCAAACUACCGAAUUCUGUUUUAAAAUCUAGUUUCCUAACUUUGAAGUUGAGUUUGUAGAAAAACAGUGAAAUUAUGUUGUUGGUGCUUCUUUUAAAGCUACAGUCACACUGACCUUAUAAUGCAUAUGUGUUUUUUUUCAACCCUGUACUCAUGAAUGUAUGCAGAACACUACUGGUAGACCGACCCACAUGUCCUCAUUUGUGAGACUUUACAGAUUGAAGAUCUGUUCAAAAUACUGUUAGGAGGAAACAGUUUAGAGGCCUGAGUUUCCUUUAUAAGAAACAACAAAGUACUCUAUUUUUGAUUCCACUUUCAGAAGACCUGAGUGCAUUUUUCAGGUGUAAUGUCCAUAUGGACUCUGCUCUAGAUGCUUUGGAAAUACUCAUUUAGUGGAAAUAGGUUUUAACAUCUGAGAAAUUGAAUAAUAUUAACUUUUGGUAAUCUGUUUGCAGUUUGUCGUCCAUGAGGCCCCGGGUCAGGAGCUGGAGGUGGAUCUGUUUGAUGAGGACACCGAUAAAGAUGACUUCAUUGGAAAGUAAGAAACAGCAUGAGGAAGAAGUGAUAUCUGUUUGAGUCACAUGUAAAGUAUUUAAAGUAUCUAAGUAACUAAAUCCCAGCCCAACAUUCCAGUGUGAAGCUGAGUAAUCCCCCAUUAAAAAAAAGCGAUUUGACAUUUUGGCAUUUUCAAAAAUACCAAAGUUAUCAGUGAGAGAAAUCGUUCAAGUUUCUGGGGAGGAUGUUCUCUGGAGGAGCAUUUUGACAUACUGGUGCUGCAGGCUGUGUUUUUAGUGCUGAAAAUACAUGAGUUUCAUUUGUUACCGCUGUGAAGCUGUCAUCUUUUCUCCUCUUUAGGUAUCAUCUUGAUUUAGGAGAAGUGAAGAGGGAAAAAGAAAUGGAUCAGGUGGGUUUAACCAUUUUUAGAGAGAACCUGAAAUGUGGCAGAAGCAGAUUUUUUCCACAUGUACACAAUCCUGAUUUUUUUCCACCAGUUAUUCUUUACCUCGAAGAACUCCCCUGUAGGAUUUUUCACGUUGAUGAAUAAAUCUCUCUUUCUGUCACAGUGGUUUCCUCUGGAUGGGGUCCCGAGUGGAGAAGUCCACCUCAAGCUCCAGUGGUUUUCCCUCAAGACUGACCCCAACCUUGAAACAGAGGUAGCCUCAUUGUCAGCUGAAGAAAUCUCUUGAUUUUUAUACAGAAUAAUCUCAAAUUUGUUUUCCUCCUCUUCAGAGUACAGACAACUUUGCUUGCGCCAUGCUCGCAGUAUAUCUGGACAACGCGACAAACCUACCAGUAAGUGUAACUAGGCCUGAACGAUAUAUCGUUUGACUAUCGUCAUCGCGAUGUACGUGUGCGCGAUAGUCACAUCGCAGAGCCUGCGAUAUUGGAGGUGAAUGAACUCAUUUAAUUUCAAGGGUAACCGACUGAGAAACACUCCAUGUGACUCUGCAUGUGCUGUGCAGCGAUCCACCAAUCGCCUUUGUCCUUAACUCAGUUGCCAAUCAGACUCACUUCUCAGUUGCCAAUCAGACUACCCUGCCAGCUGUCAAUCAAAAUCAGGGAGGAGAAAACCCACCCCUGCACAUGUUCUGCACAUGGAGGGAGACGUGUGUCCGCUGAGAAUUACUUUCGGAACUUUACUCAUGACUGUUAAGCCCAACAAAUAAGAACUGUAUGGGUUUUAAAUUGUACAUUUCCGUGGACCACUCUACUAUAAGCAGUGCGCGUUUUGCGAGGUGCAUGCAAUUCUCGGAGGACAUGCGUUUCUCGGCACAACACCGCUAACAACAACAACAACGAUCGCAAAAUGAGCAACGAACAAGCGAAAACCACCGAAAAUGAAGAUUUGUUGCCAAAAAGAAAAGGAAAGUCAGUUAUCUGGAAUUAUUUCGGUUAAAAGAAGGAUGAUGUCGACCAAAACACGUCUUCUGUGUUCACCUGUUGCCACAAUAACGUCCCAGCACAAUAAAAGCUAAAAAUAUCUCUGAGACAGACAGAAGCCGUUCUACUAACAUUCACAAAAAGAGGUAAGAUCAGAGCAGAUUAACUGUCCUCAAGAUUUCAGCAGUGCAGCAUAACAUUAAGUGCUAUUCAGGUCAUCUGGUGAAAAUACUGUAUUUUUAAUAUCGCAAUAUAUAUCGCAGGGUUGAAAAAAUCGCAAUAUUAUUUUUUUCCAAUAUCGUGCAGCCUUAAGUGUAACCCAGCUAGUGGUGUUGUUUUGAAGACCACGUGAUGCAACAUGGAGAGAUCAACAGGCUGAUUUGUCUUCUUUUUUUGUGUCCAGAAAGACCACAAAGAGAUCUCAGAUCAUAAACACGGGAAGCAUGAAGCUCGGGUAAGAGUUCACAUACACAUACAGGGUCUCAUCAUGAUCUUAUGUCUGCAGCUCCUUAUCUGUACAGCAUACUGUUUGUUUUUGUACAAGAGUGGAAUAAAAAUGUAAUAGAUCAUGUGAGGGUUAAGUCAGGCAGUAGUCAGAUCAUCUUUCACUCUACUGUUGUGGAUUCAAAAGCUUUUUUUUUUUCAUCUUGAUCAGAGACAAUAGCGUCAGUCAGAUCAGGUGUUUACUGUUGUUGCUCCAGGUGCGCUUGUCCCUGUGUGCAGCUGGUAUUUCCUGUCGGUCUGGUGCAUGCCUGUCAUUUUAUGUGGGUGUGUUAUAACCAUCCGGUGUUUAUGUUACUUUAUUAGUCCUUUUAACCUGAGACUGUUUCCUCUGAGUGUCCCAGACUGAAGGAAAACGUGAGGAAAACUGACUUAUUGUUGUGGAAUUUGAUCACUAGAUGAAACUCACUGUUUUUGCUUUUCUCAAAAUGUUCAAAUUGUCACGUAGGAUACAUUAUUGCCACUCUUUGUGACUAACGCUUGUAAACCCAGUUCACCUGGUGAUCGAUGCAAAAGCAGUAAAGUUAAAGAGUUACCUGAGGACACUUUAUAACCCUGACAUGAGGCUUUUACAAGCUCUUCAGACCUGAACUGACUUGAACUGUUAUCAGCAGUUACAGACUUUGGCUGCCAUCUGCUGGACGAUGCUUGAAAACACAGUCAGAGACGAGUGCAGUGUGACAGGAAAACAGUACUUAUGUUAAAGUUCAUGUUAAAGUAGUUCAUUGCAAAUAUAGUUAAUGAUUAAAUCAGUCAUUAAAGGUAUUUUGAUAGCUGAUGUUUUUAGCUGACGGGAAGGUUUGGUUUAUUGAAAAUUACAAGAGAUUUUGAUCAAUUUACAGGUGAGAAACAAACUUGAAUUGAAAUCUCAGUACAGUCAUCCACCAAAUGAUAUUUCAGACUGCCAUCAAAACAUUCACUGAUAUUUCAUCAUCUCAGGUGGAUGGAUAUUUCUGAUAUGCCUCACACCAGUAUCAUCCAAAUUCCUCCUCAGUGGGAAAGUUUACCCCUCAUUUUUCUGCCAGCACACACAUCUGUUUUAGGUGCUUCAGAUAGUUUAGUGUUUUAGCCUGUUGAGCAUUAGGAGCUGGAAUGUCAGAACUUCAUUUUAACUUAUUCACUGUUUUUUGUUCUGUUUCAGCUAACAAAGAAACACGCCGGACCCAGCUCUUUUGUGGAGUUUACUGUUGAUAAGGACGUGCAGAAAAGCAAGGUAGAGCUUAUAGUUGAUAACAUAAUCAGAAUCUACUUUAAUGCACUUCUUCAUGUUUGUUAUGGUUCUUCAUUUUCCUGAUUUUCUUGCAGGUUGUGUAUACAUCCAAAGACCCCAAGUGGGAGGAGGGCUUCGUCUUCUUCGUGCACAGCGUCAAAACACAGCAGCUCUGUGUUCAGGUUUGUACUUUUAAUUUUCUUCUCACAUCUUAUCGCAACAAACUCAUAAUAGAUCGCUGUUCCUUUAGGUGACAUUGCAUAUUUUGUGUCCCUGUGUGUCAGGUCAAAGAGCAUGAGAAGAAGAGUCAGCUGGGUAUUCUCAACAUCCCCCUGAGUCGUCUCCUCAACACCUCCAACAUGAGUCUGGACCAGCGUUUCCCGCUGGAGCGCUCCGGAGCAAACAGCCAGAUCAAGCUGAAAACCACUCUCAGGGUGAGUAAACAAUGCAGGAGAAAACACAUGUAUGAAAACCUUGAACUGCAAACAUAGAUCAGCAUCACACAGUCUGUGUAGAGAUACAGGAACUUUGUGUCAUUGACUUUAUCCACGCUCUGAAUCCCCUUUAAGAUACUUUGCCUGGAAAAACCUCCACCCAAGAUCGUCCUCGAACCUCCUCCACAUGUCAGACAACAAGGACUACAGACCAACCAAGGACUCAAUGUCCCCGGAUCUAUUCCUCCCGGUCCUACAGCCUCUCAAGCGUUUCCCUCCAACAGCCAAGCUCCAGCUCCGAACCAGCCGACAGAUUUCCUGAACGGCUCUAACGUGGACUAUCUAAAUCACCGGCGUGGCUCCUUCCUGGCCUCCGAGACCUACAAGUCCCCGUCCUCUGCGACAAACAUGCGCCGCUACGACUCCCACAGCCUGCUGUCGGAGAACUCCAUCGCCUCUUCACGAUUCGAUCUCUCGGACGGGGCCUCGUUUCCAGAGUGAGUGCUCGCUCUCAGAUUUUAGCAGCUUAACCGCACAGAUGUUAGAGCAACUGUGGAAAUGAGGACAUGCUUUAUCUCUACAGAGCCAUCAGGAAUCAUCAGGGUUCAUUUGGAGAAAUCAACCUUACCAUACGAUAUGCCACCCUGAGGAAAAAACUCAUCGUCCUGGUGAACUCCUGCAGGUAAGUCCAUUUACAGAGCAGAGAUAUUAAGAUCUUACAUCUUGCACUCACUGAAUAUGCAGCCAUUAAGUUAGUUUUGCAAUAUUAACAUGACUUAAUGACUUAACUUUUGUUUAAUAGCCCAUGAAGGUAGAAUUAGCUCAGUAUGACUUUUCUAAACCCCAGUUUGCGUGCUGUGUGAAAUGGUGAUAAAAACAGAUCUGGGUUGUUUCUUGAUGAUUUAAAGCCUGUAUUUAAUUAACGACAGCACAAAGACAUCUUAUUAAAUGCUAAAACUGAAAAGUUUCAUAGUGAACAGUAUAUGCCUACUCUAAAUUUGAUGUCAACAGCAUGUUUCAUAAAAACAGGAGAACAAACUCUACAAAAAAAGUGUAAUUCUAAGAGAAACAGCUGCAGGAACACCCCUUGAAUUAUUAGGUAAAUUUGCAGCAGGUUAGUAAGAUGUCCAGUUAUGUUUCUGUAAAAAAAUGUUGCAGCUAAAUUAUUUAAAAGAACUAUAAAAGGAGAAUACAAUGCCAGCAAUAAUAACCUGUAAUGUGUGUUUGCUGUCUGCAGGAACUUAUUCCCCUGCAGUGAAAACGGCACAGACUCUUACGUCCGCCUGUAUUUGCUCCCCGACCAAUCCUGGAGACAUCGCAAGAAGACGCAUGUCAAGAAGAGGACAGUCAACCCUUCCUUUAAUGACAAGUAAGUUUUAUCAGACACUUUUCUCUGUUUGUCUGGAGUGUGUUUUUUCUGAUGUCCUCUUUUUUUUAUCACAGGUUUGAGUUUGAUGUGUUACUUGAAGAAGCACAAACCAGAAAGUUGGACGUGUCAGUGAAAAAUAACAAGAUGUUCACACGGGACAGGAAAGACAUCGGCAUGGUCGGCAAUCUCUCUAGUUGAAGAUUCAUUUAAAUAAAGCAAGACUUUAAAUGCUCUCUACUGUUGUGCAGACAACAUAGUCUUAUUAGUAACAGAGUUUUCUUUUUCCUGUCCUGUCAACAGCUGCUGCUCGAGUUAUCGCAGAUGGAUCUCGUCAAAGGCGUCUCACAGUGGUACGGGCCCAGUUUCCUACCUAAAAACUCCUUUAUGUCUUUAAAAGAAAUUAAAAUGUGUUGAUUUUUUUAAUGUAGAAAACCACAAUUCAAAACAGCUACAUGUUUCAGCUUUUUUUGUGAUAUGAAAAACUAGAUUAAAUUUUAUAUUUAUAAACCAAGGCUGAUGAAUAAACAGGUGCAGCUCAAAAAAGUUACAUGUCCCAAAUUUUUCCGAUUAUUUUAUUCAAUGAGUGAAACCUUCAUAUAUUCUAGAUUCCUCACACACAAACUGAAAUAUUUUAGGCUGUUUUUGUUUGAAUCUUGAGGAUAACGACUUGCAGCUCAUGAAAAAGGUGCAGGUGUUCAGAGUUAAUAGCUGGUUAGCGCAUUUGUCAGGAUCGAAAGAACCAACAAGAAGUUUUACUUUUUGAAUUGAAUUAUGGAAAAAAAUUAGACUUUUUCGGGAUAUUCUAAUUUUAUAAGCUGUCUUACAAAGUUUGUAAGUGAUUUGUCAAGUCCACUACAAUAAAUAACUGACUGUUAUUGCUUUACUCACAUCUGAAUGGUAGAAAAAAUCUCUCUUACUUGUUGAUAGUGACUGCAUAGAAAUUAUCUACAAGUUUAGAUUAUGUUGAAUAAUAUCAUUUACUCUCAUUAAUAUUUGAUUCCUUUUUCCUCUGUAGGUUUGAGCUCACACUGCCAGGGGUGAAGAAACUCAGCUAGUAGGAAGAGCUGUAAAACUUGUGCUGCUGCUCGAACUGCAGUUUCCUGACCUCUGAAGGGCUGAAUGUUGACCUGAUACAUGCUUGAAGUUGCAUUUUCUUCCUUCCUAUCAUCGCAGACCAGAGAUGGAUUUUUCUGAAAUCAACUCUCAGCCCCUUUCUAGAUUCACUGUAGAGUAUGUCGACAGGCACAUAUAAAAAUAUCCCAGAUAACACCACUACUUAGUGUGUUUUGUAUCAUGAAUAUCUUCCAUGGCUUUACAAUUAUCAGCAAACGCUCAAAGUAAAAAUGCAAAAGCUCAUAAUUGUCUUGAACAAAUAUAGUUUUAGAAAUUAUUUUUAACCUUUAUUUAUCCAAUUUAUUAAGCUAUUGAAAAUAAGGAGCAGAGACUAUAUUCCUCUAAAUUCUAAGAUUACAUUAAAAGGAAUUAUAAUUUAUCAGAAUAUUUCUUGUCUAAAGGGAAACAAGCUUCUACGUGUGUUUUGGAUAUUCUUUGUGAGAGGUUUGCUUCAUGGGAGUUAAUGUGAGCUGUACUUAUCCUUUUGUAUUUUAAUGUAAAUAGCUCUGUGAAUAGUUUUUAUUUAAUAUACUAAAGCAAAUUAUUCACGUUAUAAAAAGCCAAGUAAAACCAGUUAAACACAGGGAACUGUGCAGUGUGUCUUAUAGCUACAGAUAAAGCUGCAACCAAGCAAGGCAUAUAAGAUCAAGCUCUUCAGUUUAGGGCAUCAUGACGACACUUAAUGUACCAUCUGAUUAAUAAUAUUAAAAACACUCAUCUUCUGUUGCUGCUGAAUGUUUAUAAGUUUAUAAUAAAACUAUUAAAUGCUGAUUUAGAAGGAA